AUGGAUGAGGAGGAUGACAAAAACUCACUGGAUAUCCAUGACAACCCUCCAGCUCCUGACAAUCUAUUGAAGGAGGACGGAGACACUGUCUAUUUCAUAUAUGACGAGGAGGUGGAGGUGGAGGAGAAGGAACCAGAACCUCCUCCACCAGUUGUCAGAGUCAACGACAAACCGCACAAGUUCAAGGACCACUACUGCAAGAAACCCAAGUUCUGUGACGUCUGUGCUCGAAUGAUAGUUUUGAACAACAAGUUUGCUCUGAGGUGUAAAAACUGCAAGACCAACAUCCAUCAUUCAUGUCAGUCAUAUGUCGAGUUCCAGAGAUGCUUUGGAAAAAUUCCCCCUGGCUUCAGAAGGGCCUACAGCUCCCCCCUGUACAGCAGCGACCAAGAUCCAAAUAACUCGAGGAGCGACCCCGUCUUCGACACCCUGCGGGUCGGUGUCAUCAUGGCAAAUAAGGAGCGCAAAAAGAAUGAAAACGACAAGAAAAACUUGAUGGUGAUGAUGGAGGAAGAGGAAGAAGAGAACCAACAGCCCAAAGAGAACGAUGAGGGAGAAGGGAAGCCUGAUGAUAAGAAGGACAAAGGAGAACACAAAGCAGAUGAAAAGAGCAAAGGUACAUUCUCCCAAUCCCACUAUUACCUGGCUCUCUACCGCUUUAAGGCCAUUGAGAAAGACGACCUGGACAUCCACCCCGGUGAUCGGAUCACAGUCCUGGAUGACUCAAAUGAAGAGUGGUGGAGAGGAAAGAUGGGAGAUAAGACGGGCUACUUCCCCACCAACUACCUCAUAAAAGUGCGAGCUUCGGAGAGAGUCUUCAAGGUGACUCGCUCCUUUGUAGGGAACAGAGAGAUGGGACAGAUCACACUGAAGAAAGAUCAGAUUGUGGUGAAGAAAGGAGAUGAGAAAGGCGGCUACCUGAAGGUCAGCACCGGACGCAAGCUGGGCUACUUCCCUGCUGAUCUGCUGGAGGAGAUCACUGUGACAUAG